GUGAGUUAUCGUGAUUCUCCGAGUAUUCUUCUUGUGAUACCCUUUUUGUCUUUUUCCAUUGGUAUACCAAUCUGUCCCGCCUUACUCCUGGUGUUGCAACCUGUAAAUCGCUGAGAUGGAAGUACCUGAGGCAAGAGUCCUGAUUGUGAUUACGGGAGGUACGAUAUGCAUGCAACCAUCCGAGAAUGGUCUUGUGCCGGGAAAGGGCUUCUUGAAAAAUGGACUUGCGCCUCGACCAUCUUUCAAUGAUGGCUCCUACCCCGAACCACUUGAAAUCGUGAUUGAUGAAAAGGGCACCCGCAAAGCCGUGCAGAGUCUGCGUACUCCCCCGAGCACCUAUAGUCGGCAGGUCCGGUACAGUGUUUUGGAGUUCGAUCAAUUGCUUGACAGCAGCAGCAUCGACGCCGAGGGCUGGGAUCAAAUCGCUAGGACCGUCGAGCGAAAUUACCAGCUAUACGACGGCUUUGUCGUCUUGCACGGAACCGACUCUCUCGCUUAUACCAGCAGCGCCCUAAGUUUCAUGCUUCAGAAUCUAGGAAAGCCUGUCAUUCUUACUGGAUCGCAAGCGCCGAUGAUGCAACUGCAAAACGAUGCCCAGGAUAAUUUGCUGGGUGCUCUUGUCAUCGCAGGCCACUUCAUGAUCCCGGAAGUCUGCUUGUUUUUCAACUUCAAGCUUUUCAGAGGCAAUCGCGCGACGAAAGUCUCGGCCGAUGAUUUUGAUGGAUUUGCCAGCCCGAAUAUGCCUCCUCUUGCUACUAUCAGCAGCUUGAGAACAAACGUCAGCUGGGAUCUUGUGUACAGACCGAGAAUUGUCAAUCCCUUCUGUGUGCACUCAAGUCUGGACACCGCACAUGUGGCCUGUCUGCGCGUCUUUCCUGGUAUCAAGCCCGAGAUGGUGGACCUGUUUUUGCGUACAGACGGACUCAAGGGUUUGGUGCUUGAAACUUUCGGUGCUGGCAAUACUCCUGGAGGACCUGACUCGCCCAUGACCAAAGUCCUGGCUGAUGCCGUCAAACGUGGCAUUGUCAUCGUUAACGUAACUCAGUGUCUCAGUGGCAGUGUCAGCCCACUGUACGCGCCAGCUACCUACCUCGGACGUGCGGGCGUUGUAUUUGGUCAAGACAUGACAACGGAAGCAGCACUGACCAAACUUUCGUACCUGCUCUCGAUGCCUGGAUCCACUCCCGAGGACGUAGCCAAACAGAUGCACAAUUCACUCAGAGGCGAACUAACCGAGAGAGGCCGAACUCACUUCCAGCACCCUACAAGCGGCACCUUGACUCCUGAAAUAUCGAGUCUUACUGCGUUGGGCUAUGCUAUCCAGGACGGAGAUGCCCUGAGCGUUAGGGACGUUGUCAGAGGCGAGAAUCGCUGGCUUCUCAAUGAUGUUGACUACUCCGGGAAUACGCCAGUCCAUCUUGCAGCAACUGGGCCCAACGUUGAUGUGCUCAAGGAAAUGCUCAAUCUUGGAGCUAGUGUUCACUUGCGCAAUCGUAACGGUCGUACCCCUCUAUUUGUCGCUGCUCACGCUGGUCUCGCCCAUCAUGUUGAAGCCUUGAGGGAAGCAGGUGCACAUCUGCACUCUGACGAGCUGGCCACAGCUAAAAUCUUCUCAAAGUCUGACCCCCACUCAGACGUCUGGGCACUUGCCGGUGUUGAAGAGCAUUGAGUCUGAGAUAUGCAGACACACGUCAUGAACAGGAAGUUUGCUAUCGCCGGCUUCGAGCCGGAUCACCAAUAGACUCUCUACGAACGCUCAUAUGCCUCAAAUGACCGCUCGAGCUCCGAUGUCUCUCCAAAACAAUCAAGCGUAAAAAUGGGCUCUUAGUCUGUCACGAGUCUCAAGCGGACGCAUAAUGAACAGGGUCUGCCUCGAUGAAACAAAAUUUGGAUGGCCGGAAUGAGAUUGCAAAAACCAUAUUCAUCAGUCCGAUCAUGCUUGAAUAGUGAUCUGGAUAGCUCGCGUCAAGUGGAAUUGCGACUCGCAAUUGACCACUCUCAAUUGAUGAGCUAAGAUGAAUACAUUGGAUAGAGACCCCAUACGGCUCACACCAUCGCAAGUCUAAAUAUAAAAACUGUCACUAAUUAACGGACAUAACCACACUUUCUUGUUAGGACACUUACUUUAUACUAUUCUUAGUCAAG